GGUUUAGAAUAUUGAAGAUAAUUAAAAGUACAAUAGCUUUACACUAAGCAUGUAGAUCCCCAUUUCUAUCAGUGAAACAAAACCAAAGACACAAGCUCCAUAGCAAUGCGACAAGAGGUAUAUCGACGGAAACGAACGUCUCAAAACCCUUGCUCUGGGACAGCAGUUUUUUACGGGCACACGAAAGUAUCUUUAUAAAAGGAGCGGAGUGCUGCCUAAGGUGAGCUACUCUUUCCAAAGAUAUUUUAUUGGUCGGUAGACUGUUCAUUGUUCUGCCCUAUCUACACAACAGUAUGAGGCCUUCUUGCAAGGUUUUCACCUUGCGAUGUGAGGCGAAUAUGUGGAUCUGAACUACCCCAAUGGUAUUUGCUUCGUCUCCAUCAAUCGCCCUGAUUGGAGUGGAAUAUCGAAUAAAGAAACUGGAGAAGAUAAAGAGGAAUUAUUUUAUCAAUGUAAUGCGGUGUAUAUCAAUUUAGGCUGUGUACAGGGCAUUACGCGCCGAGGUUACUACGGCUUCUUUCUCAAGGAAAAGUGAGAUAUCCAUACGAGCAUUCAUACACUACAUGUUGAGCUGGAGGUCCCUGUGACUGCAAAAACACGUUUUUGACCACUCAGACACUACGAACUCAACCCCAGUCAAUGAAAAUAUCGAGUCUAAAUUAGAUGAGUUGCUUAUAAUUUACUUCGCACAGAUGAUUCGAGAUGCGGGGGCUCAAUUGAUAUGUGUGCACGGCCGAACACGUGCGAUGAAAGGACAAAACAGCGGCCUGGCUGAUCUUGAGCUCAUUCGACGUGUUCGCUUAGCUCUGUGUGGGACCAUUUCGGUUAUCUCCAACGGUAACGUACUGUGCUACCAGGACGUAUUGAAGAACUUUGCUCAAACAGGAUGCGAGGGGUAUAUGUGUGCUGAACCGCUGCUUUGGGAUCAGACGCUCUUUAGUGAUCCUGAUCACCCCGUUUUUCUGGACGUCUUUAUGGCGCCAACAAAAAAGUUCGUUUAG